CCAUCAUUCUUCUUUCUUCAACAGCUGCCCAUCCGUACCACCAACUUGCACAAACCACAUUCCCAAUGACUAUCUUGCUCACCCUCUAAGCAUUAAUUACUCAGCAAAUCCCCAACAUGGAGCUCAAUCUUAAGCACAAAGCCAAGGCUGUCAUCGACUAUCUUUACCACCAGCUCUUCAACGAGCCAGCCUACAACCCAUCAUCCGCAUCUCACACCACUGCAUGUGUCAAUUCCUACGCACCCACCAAGAGCGAUCCUUGGGACGCUCAAGGGCAGUACUCCAAUGACGAAAUAGGUGAAUGGGCAGCAACGGCCCACGACAAGGUCGUUGCUGUUGCCUCCAGUGCAUCAAACGCAGUGUCCAAUGCAGCAGCCAACCUGAUCGACAGCACACAAACUGAUGGCAAUGAGCAUGGUGAAGGCUCAUCCUUCCCAUCAUUCUGGGGAGAGUCUCAAUCCAAAGACCAAUACCACUUGCUCGAGCGCGCUCAAUCCUCCCUCGGCCCCUCGACCGCAUGGAGUGACUUUGCUGGAUCCCACGCUCCGCGUCUUCACGAGCUGCAGUCGCAAUGGGGGCUGCAUGGUCUGGCAGACAGAUUCGGUGUCGAACCAUACAUCGUGCUUUUGGUUCUGUUACUGCCUAUUGUUGUUCUGCUGUUGAGUGUCUGCGCAAUGAUGGGAGCAGGUCAUCCCAAUGAGGAGCCUCAUCACGACUACAGGCAUGAAAACAUGGCGGAACCGUCCAAGGUCAGAGGCAAGGAGGAUCGAAAGUCGUCCUCAUCUUCUAAGCAAGCAGAUGGAACCUCCCCGAGGUCCUACGCCGGUGCGGUUAAGCAAGGCAUAGAUCGCAAGGGCCCAAUGGCAGAUGGCGCAAAGGCUGAAUCACACGGAAAUCAAGAGCAGGAACAGCUCGGUAACGGCGGCAGGCGUAGUUCCUGGGCCGCAAUGAUCGGUUCCGCUGGGCUUGUGCCUACUGAAUCUCCUGAACAUCACGAUCUCGUAUCUGAAACCCACGGCAAAGGUAAACUAUGCUACUCUAUUCGUUGUCCUACUAAAGUUCAAUCUUUCGGAAGUUGGCCUAAGCCUUUAUAGUGUUUUAUAAAGAUAACAUAGCAGACGGAAAUCCUGCCGACGCGCAGACCAGCAGAAGCAAGACUAACGAAACAGCUAACUCCCACAACUCAAGCUUGGAAAACGCUGCCAAGUCGUUCAGCACUGG